AUGGGUAAUUAAUAAACAAGCGAAUCUUAAAGUGAGUUUCUAGAUAAGAGACUAGAUCCCAAUUAUGGAGAAAUUAGUAUUUAUAAAAAUAAAGCUAACAAUUUAAUAAUUGCAGAAAUUAAAUAAGUUUACACAAGUGAUUCUUCAGCUGAAGAAAUAAAAGCCAGUUUAGUAAAAAGGUAUUAUGUUGAAUUUAAGUAAGAUUGUAAUUGAAUCAUAAAUGUUUGAUUAAAAUAAUAUCAUUUGAUAGUGGAAAGAUGGAUGACUUUUGUAGUUCAUAUAUAAUAUUGUCAAUAACUGUUGAAUACUUGAAUGACACAUUAUAAAACGACAUUCAUCUAAGAAAGGUCCAUAAAACCACAUAUUCAGAACAAGAGCUUUACUACAUUAUAUAUGAGAUCUCAAGUCUAUGUCAUUAUAUGAAAACUCUAAAUUAUGAAAUUAUUGAUAUUUAUCCAUCAAGGAUUCUAAUUGAUGAUCAAAGAUAGAUCAAAUACUUUGAUUAAUUCCUUGAUAGUACUAGACUUAGCAAUUAUUACUAGGUUCUCUUUAAUUAAAGAGAUUUAGAAUAUAUAGCUCCUGAAUAGUUGAUUCUCUUAGCAGAAAAAAAUAAAAACGAUACAACUGAUUAAGAAUUGGUAAACAUCUUUUGUCUUGGUCUUAUGAUGGUAAGUCUAAUGAGUGGCUAAAGAUGUGUUGAAUUCUAUAAUCAAGAAAAACUGUUAUUUAAACAAGACUAUGUAAAUCAACUAAUAAAUAAAUAUUGUUUGAAAUACUAAUAUAGUGAUUUCUUUAAAUCCACUAUUCAAUCAAUGCUCAAAUUACAUAAAGAAGGCAGACCAAAUUAUCAAAGUCUAUUAUAAAUUCUUCAUCCAUAAUAAGAUAGUUUUGCUACUUAUCUGAAUCCUAUUGGAAAACAAAGAGGUAUUUAAUUAUAAUAAUAUAGAAAUGUUGGAGUCCUAAUUUUAUUCUUUCCAUACUUAAGGAUCAGCCUCUAAAUCUCAUAUUUUAUCAAGCGAUCCAGUAGAUUUCAGUGAAAUUGAUAAAAAAAUUUAGUCUGCUAGAUAGAAGGCAUAAAACACUUUAGAUGAAAUAGGAUUAGAUUUAAGACUAAAUAAUUUUGCGACUACCCAAAUAAACAUAAUUGAGGCAAGUGAAUGA